UACAGUUUUCAAAAUGGCGGAUUGGGAUGCUGACGAUUUUGACCCGGAUGCCGGAUUUCGAAAGCCAGCAGUAACUGAUAAAUGGGAAGGCGAGGACGAAGAAGACGACGUUAAGGAUGCUUGGGACCUAUCAUCUGAGGAAGAUGAUGCAAAAGAUGAUUCUGGUGAAGUAAAAGCUGUUGAGGUAAAGAAAAAGAAGCCAUUGAAAGACAGAAUAAAAGAAAAAGAAGAAAAAAGAAGAAAAGAAAUUGAAGAAAGAAAAGCUGCUGAAGAAGAGGCAAAAAAAAAACUUACACCAGAAGAAAUCGCAGCAGAAAAAUUAAGGCAACAAAAAGUAGUAGAAGAUGCUGAUUUAGAACUAGCUAAGGAAGCAUUUGGAAUUACAGAAAAUGAUAACCGAAAAACAAUAGAUUCCAUGAACCCAUCAAAUCAUGAAGAAUUCGAAGAAUUUUGCAAAUUAGUUACUGAAAAAUUACUCGGAUAUGAAAAAACGCCUUAUUAUGUUCCAUUCCUUGAAAACCUCUUCAGAGAUUGCUGUGCUGGCUUAGAGGCAGAGGAUGUGAAAAGAUUGGGUAGUACAUUAAACGUUCUUUCAAGUGAAAAAGCAAAAGCAAAUAAGGCCAAAGGGAAAACGAAAAAGAAGAAAGGACCAGCACCAGGUGGAUUAAAAGCUUCCAAACGUGAUGAAUUGGAAGACUACUCACAAUUUGGAGAUGAAUACGAGGAUUUCAUGUGACCCAAGCUAAACUGUUAUUCUUGCAUGUAUUUCUUCUUUUAACAUGACUGGUCUAAAUUCAAAAUCUUCAUAUGCAUAAAAUUAUAGUUAGUUGCCAAGUGCACCCCCCCCCCCAAAAAAAAAUGACUAGUGGUUCUUUAAAUUAGAAAAGCUUGAAACUAUAGCAAAUUUCACGUCUUGAAAUGGCCAGGCAGAUUUUCUUUAGUCAAUA